GGACACUGUGUGGGUGGUGUGCAAGAGUCAGGGUGCUGGGCUGCGCUGUACGGUAUGAUGGAAGGGUGUGACACUCGCACUCGCAUUCGCACUCGCACUCGCACUCGCACUCGCACUCACACUCACACUCACACUCAUGUCUUGUGAUGUUCCCUACACUCGACGCCACGUUACGCAGGCACGACAAGCGAUUGUUCCUUACACACACACACACACACACACACACACACACACACACGCCUCCAGACUAGAGCGCCUACUUGUAUCGUCUUGCUCGCUUCUGAACCGCGCGACUACUGCUGACCAUAGAAGCAGCUUCCAAGCUGCCCUUCCUAUAGAAACAGUCUUGUCAUCUUCACCCCCCUCGCUUACAUUACGCAUUGCUCUGCUCUCCACCAACGACCACUGACCCUCCUCAACAGGCUCUCCCCUCUGAUUCAACCAGCCAGCCAGCCAGCCAGCCAGCCCGUCAUGUCCGAAUCCCUCGCGCUGCCACCAGACUUGCCCUCCACACCUCUCCUCGCUCGCCACAUUCAAAAUUUCUCAGAAGCGGCCAGCCUGCAACCUCACUGGGGUUAUGCGGCCAGGGCCUUGCCAUGCACAAACGAUGCCGGAUCCUGCGCUUACCUCGACACCGUCUACCGCUCCCAUGAUCUGGGCAUGCUCUACGUCGGCGUCUUUUGGGCCCUGCUUCUAGCUCUCCUCCUACUCUACACCAUCGCCCACCGCUGCACCUUCACUUCCACAUCUCGAGGCGGUGGACGCGGUGGCGUUGCAGCUUCAUCGCUCCACCGAGCUGCGAGCGCAGCGCGCGCAUGGACCAGGAGCAAGCUGAUGCCAGACAUUCAGAUCGCCUCGUUUCGAGCCACGCGUCAGCAAGUGCUCGUCUUUGCCAUUCUCUUGGCCUACAUCACCAUCUUCACCUUUGUCGGCAUCGUCUACCAAAAAUGGGUCACGCCCGUCAAGAAGAUGCCCGGCGUGUACAACACCAGGACCGGUCUAGGUCCAUGGUCAGACAGGAUAGGCCUCUGGGCAUACGCCCUCACCCCCCUCUCCAUCCUGCUAUCCACGCGAGAGAGUCUGCUAUCCCUGCUCACCGGCAUACCCUACCACCACUUUAACUUUAUGCAUCGAUGGCUCGGCUGGGUCAUCCUCAUCCAGAGCCUGCUCCACACCAUCGGUUGGUCCAUCGUUCAAGGCCGCCUGUACCAACCUCAACCCAGCGUAGGAGCUGCUUGGAUCAAGGAAAAGUACAUGGUGUGGGGAGUCGUAGCCAUGGUCCUGCUCACCAUCCUCUUUGUGCUCAGCCUGCCCGUCGUCAUUCGAAGGACGGGCCACGAAUUCUUUCGAAAAGCUCACUACAUCCUUGCCAUGCUCUACAUUGGCGCUUGCUGGGGUCACUGGGACAAGUUGAAAUGCUUCCUCUUGCCAUCCCUCCUCAUCUGGGGCCUCGACAGAGGCGCAAGACUUGUAAGGACAUUCUUGCUCCACCACGACUACAUUCGCGCAGCGCAGACCACUGCUCUCGCUCCCAUCCAAGCCGCCGUCACCUUUUUCGACUCUGACGAGGAUGUGCCGGUCGUGAGGCUCGACUUGACGCAUCAGCAAGCACGCAACGCCCCCGGCGAUCACUACUUUCUCACAUUCUCCAGUCACGGCAGCAUCUGGCAGUCGCAUCCCUUUACCUCUUUCGUUCCGGCAGCAGCAGCAGCAGCGAGCCAUGCCAAAAGUCGUCAUCAUCAUCACGAGGCUGCGACGCACUCGUUCAUCAUGCGCGCAAAGGGCGGAGAGACGCGCAAGGUGGCCGAAGCGCUGCUCAGAGAGCGCAGCAGCAAGACGUCUUUGCUGCUCACCGGCCCUUACGGCAACGACAUUACGAGCGACUUGGAUGCUGCUCACAAUGCGCUCUGCCUGGCUGGAGGGACAGGCAUCACCUUUGUGCUGCCCGUGCUGAGGGAACGCGUUCGGCGAGCCAAGGAAGCGCGCUUGCUGCUGCUGCGCGCUGCAUCCGACAAGGCGUCGUUGGAGGAUUGCAGAGCGGUGGUGCGCACCACCGGCACCACCUCUCUCGUGUGGCUCGUCAGGCAUGACCGGGAUGCCGCGUGGGCGGAAGCGGAGCUCGCUGAGCUGACUCGAAGCAGAAUGGUCGAGGUGAACAUCAUAUCCACCAGAGAAGGUCACGAGGCACGUCACGAGAAACGAACUCAAACUACUUUCGAAGUCGACUCGAACAAGGAUUCCACUUCGGACAGCAGGAGCAGCAGCAGUCCUCAACUGCCGGUGCAAUCGCUCGAGAAGGAUGUGCCUGCUGCUGCCCACAACAAAAGUCAGGACACUGCCUCCUACUCCUCCUCCUCGUCGAGACCUAGCAUCAACGCCUUGUUAGAGUCUUUCUUGAGCACGACGACGAGCAACGCGCCCAGCGUCGUCUAUACCAGCGGACCGGGCGGAUUGAUGCGGGAUGUGAGACGUGCGGUGGCCAGGGCCAACGACGCUCGGCUUGCGUGGCGAGGUGAGGAGAGCAGGAACAUUAGAUUGAUCUACGAUGAGAGGCUCGAGUAAAAAGGCCCCGCCCGCGCUUGCUAACACUUGAGCGGGGCGUCGCUAAUCGCCGUGUUCCAGCUUCGUGGGCUAUACGACGAUGCGGAUGAUAACUUUCGUGGCUUUGUAUCGCUACGCUCUCCACUUGAGGCUCGUGUUCUUCGCGUCGGGCAACCCGCAAGCGCGUCCGUUGUGUUUUUAUGUAAUCAGCACGCAGUCACCCCCCACAAUGAACGCCGUUCGGCAACGUCGAUGCAAAGCGAUGUGGGAUGCAAAUAA